AUGGAGCCGUCGAACGCCACGCUGCCCCCCACCCCGUCCCUGCCACCCCCCAGCACCCUGGCGUGGGACGGGCAGCUGCUGGUGGCCUGCGCAGCGCUGGGGCUACCAGCCAACGCCUUCACCCUCUGGCUGACGGGCUGGCGCCUGCGGUGCCGGGGACUGGCCACCUUCAUCUUCAGCCUGGCCGCCUCCGACUUCCUAUUCCUCGCCAACUCGAUCCUGCAGAUCUGGUCGGUGGCCCACAGUCACCAGUGGCUUUUGGGCAACCACCUGUGCCGUCUCCACCAGUUCCUCUAUGCCUUGGGCUACUACAGCGGGCUCUUCUUGCUGGCGGCCAUCAGCCUGGACCGCUGCCUGCUGGUGGCCGCCCCGCUCUGGUACCGGUGCCGGCGACCAGACCAUUUACCGGCGGCGUUGUGCACAGGCGCCUGGCUGGUGGCGGGAGGUUGCAGCGUGCCGGACACGGUGCUGUCGGCGGCGGACGAGCUGCUGCCCGGUUUGGUGGUGUGCCGUAGCGAGAGGGGGAGCUGGGAAGUGCUGAUGAGGUGGCUGGAGGUGGUGGUGGAGGGGCUGCUGCCCUUCGGCGUGGUCGUGGCUUGCCACGGGGCCGCCCUGGUGCUGGCCCGGUGUCGGCGUGGCCAAGGCGGCCGCCCGCCCGCUCGUUUCCAGCACAUCGUGGUGGCCACGCUGAGCGCCUACGUGAUGCUGCACCUGCCUUUCCAGGUCACCCAGCUGCUGCAGCUGGUGGCCCCCAGCCCCCCCGGCCACCUCCUCUACCUGCUGGGGCUGGCCUUCAACCUCAGCAGCUGCCUCAACCCCUGCCUCUACCUGCUGCUCGGCUCCCGCGCCUGCCACCACCUCGCCCGCCUGCUGCGGGCUGCCCUCAGCCCCGGGCCACCUGCCGCCGUCACCCCCGUGCCACCCACUGCCGUCAAACCCGUGCCACUCUCCACCGUCAGCCCUGGGCCACCCGCCGCUGGCACCCCAGUGCCAUCCACUGCCAUUGCCACUGUGCCACCCACUGCUGUCACCCCAGUGCCACUCACCACCCUCAGCCCUGAGCCACCCACUCCUGUCACCCCUGUGCCACCCACCACCCCUGUGCCACCCACCACCCCAGUGCCACUCACCACCCUCAGCCCUGGGCCACCCACCACCCCUGUGCCACUCACCACCCUCAGCCCUGUGCCACCCACUCCUGUCACCCCUGUGCCACCCACCACCCCUGUGCCACCCACCACCCCUGUGCCACUCACCACCCUCAGCCCUGGGCCACCCACUCCUGUCACCCCUGUGCCACCCACCACCCCAGUGCCACCCACUGCUGUCACCCACCCACUGGCCGAGGCACCCAUUGGGUCCCCACUGGCAGCUCCAUAA